AUGUCCGGACUAGGUAUCGACUUUGAUCCGCCCUUGGAUGCUUCUGUAUCGAAAGACACAGAGAAUGUAGUCCCCAAAGGCAUCACUCUCAAGUCAUCACGCCGCCGCGCACAUGUGCGUGGUCGAAGUCACCAUGGCAAAGGGGACAGCACGAACAAGGCUCAUGCCCACUUGCAAAUUCCUUCGAUGCCUUUGCGCGAAAACCAAUCAAUUGCUAAUGCUGGCUUGCAGACAUCGCCCGUGUAUACGAUGAAACAUCCUCUGCCGGCAAAACCUAUUGUGGAUUGGUCGGUUAUGCAGGACGUUCAGCCUGUACCUGCGCGUCUCCGGGUUGAAACGCCUAGUGAUACUUCGACCUCGCCUCAAUCACUGCAUGUUACGAAUCCAGCUCCUAUCAAUAUGGCAGUACCUAUGGCACAAGUCCCUAUCCCUACGCCUUCCUCGACACCCUAUCUGCAUACCACACCGAUGCUUCCUCCAGAGCGUGAUGAGCGCGUCAACAUCGAUAUUUUUUUGGAGAAUGAUCUUUGUGUUGAAAGAAGUACACUUCAUGGAUACAUUAGUAAUGAUGGACCGUCGGAACCGUACGCUGGUGAACAUGUUCUACCAUUCUCCUUACAGGUGCCAAUGGAUAAGGGGGCAAAGGGAAGCUAUCAGAGCAAUUCGGCAGAAGUCGGCUACAUCAUCAUUGCUUCUGUCCGGGUCAAGGCAUUUGGCGAGAAGCAGGGUGGUGUGGCCCAUUGUUUCCAAAAGCUACAACUGUAUCCUUAUUUGAACCCCACGUCUGCGCUUGCAAGUGCAUCACAACCGAUUGUUGCCCGUUCCAACUCUGCCGAAGCGAAUGCCCGAGGCAUUCAGUUGGCGGCUUCUCUACACCGUGAGACUUGGGUGGCUGGUCAGCGCGUGUACUUCGAUGUUAGUGUGCUGAACAAUGGAGAAAACAUGCUUAAUAUGCUGCGUAUCGCACUUGUCCGUGUCGAGAAUUUAUAUCAUAUGCGCAGCGUGAUACCCGCUUCACCACUAGAUCUGAACUCGUCUAGCUCAAUUAUCGUUGAUGAAACGCUUACGGCCGGCAAUACGCACCACUGGUGGACUGGUGCCCCAUCAGGCAUACCUGUUUAUUUUGCGCACUCCUUUCAGCUUCCCGAUAAUAUUAUCUCAAUCGAGCGAAGUCGGCAUGUGGAAGUUCAAUACAUGCUCCGUAUUGGAGUGGGUGCCGAUGCUUCGACCCUGGUGGAAGUGGAUUUGCCAUUGCAAGUGAUCAACUAUGUCUCACUAGAUCCCCCGCCACCUCGUCGCACUUAUAUGAAUGCUGUCGGACUUCUUAGACAUUCGGGUGAUUCUUUGCUUGACCAGCAUCAGAUGAUUGAACGACUGCGGGCGUUGGAUGCCAUGCGCAGUCCCAAAGAAAAGCAGAACUCAUCUAUGUUGUCUCCUGAGAUGGUACAGCCUGUCGCGAUACGAACCACUCAACACAAGCGAUCUCUUGACUUUAUUAAUAGCGCUAUACGAAGCGCAACGGCCCGUCAUACGUCACCCUUUGCCACCAGUGCCGUUCGUGGUCCUGUGGAUUCCGUGGCCGAUACUUCUCUGGCACUAGGAGAUGAGACUGUUGGUGAUGUCGAGCUCGCCUUUGAUAAAGACCAAAGCAAAGCUGAUAACAGUAAUUACGGCUCCUUCUACUCCGACUCGCGAAGUGACCUCUCGGAUUAA